GGUACGUACGUAGCCAUGAGGAGUGGAGAGCAAGAGAACCUGCCUGACGCGGAGCUUCGCCCGGCCGACACCCGGGUUGCGAAGACCCACUCACGUGGUUCUUGGCUGUCAGGAUGCUCUCACAUAGGGGUUGCUAGGGACCAACACGUGGCGCUUGGUUGCCAGGGCCUACUCGUGUCUUUGGGUGUUUUUGAGCUGCGAUUGGGCACUCUGAGAAGACAAGCGUUACGUAUUUCCGGUUCCGACAGCCUGGAGCGGACGCUGAGGAUGGAUGGCGGCUGUUCAGUGCGGGAGGAGCUUUCCACCCUCUCCUUUGAGGAGUUGCAGGAGCUGCAGAGUAAGGUUGGGCUCAAGGUGUACAAUCAGAUGGUGUGUGACUCGGGGAAGGAACGGCAGAAGCAGCAACAGAAGUGUUCCCAGAAGGACGGGCCCCUGGAGAUGUCGUCAAAGCAGCCAAUGCCAUUCCUGAGGAGACCAGCCGCUAUGAAGAAGAGGGUGGUGAGGGAUCCCCGAUUUGAUGAUCUGUCCGGUAACUACAACCCCGAGAUCUUUGACAAAACCUAUGGCUUCCUCACUGAGGUCCGGAGUAAAGAGAAAGAGAUCAUUAAGCGGAAGCUACGGAAGGUGAAGAAGGAAAAAAGCAAGAAGCAGCUCGAGUAUGUGUUACAGAGGAUGACGGACCAGGAGAAGGCACAGGAACACACACAGCAGCAGCGCGAGAGGAUGAAACAAUUUAAACAGGAACAGAGGCAGCGAGUUCAACAGGGAAGCAAACCCUACUUCCUCAAGAAAUCCGAGCUGCGGACACUGGCGCUGGCAGACAAGUACCGGCUGCUGAAGCGGAGUGGGAAGCUGGAGAACUUCCUCGAGAAGAAGAGAAAGCGGAACGCCACCAAGGAUCGCCGCAAGUUGCCUGGGGCGAGAGCAUGGUGAGGUGCAGCAGUUCAGACCGCUGUCCUCAUCUCUGGCUGUUUGGAACUGUUUCCUGCCCCCUCGCUGGGUCAGUUCCCAUCUUGGGACUCGUCACCGGUGUCAUGGACUGGUUUGUUCACCGUGUUCCAUCUGUCACUGUGUUUACUGUUGGAUUGUGCCCCACCAUUCACUCUUCCCCCUCCUGGCAUCUCACCUUCUGUACAGGUUCUGUGUAUAAGCUCCACUGGUUGGAAGCAGUGCUUCCUACGGGUUGCAUUCUACUUCAGAUACCGAGCCAGGCACCCUGCUUUUGGCUGCUUGUUGUCUUCAUACCUGACUCCUCCAUUAGUCUCUCCUCAUAUGUUCAGCUUUCCAUCGAACCCAUCUAUUUUCAUCUCCACAAUCUCUCUUUGAUGAUAAUAAUAAUAAAAACAAAAUUUUUGGCUA